AUGUCCACGCCUGGACCGAACAGCAGCAAGUCGACGCCUAAACACCCAUAUCUCUCUGGCAACUUCGCGCCUGUCUCUACAAGAUGCCCCCCUACGCCUGUCUCAUGGACCGGCCGCAUUCCACCAGAGCUGCUGGGCGGCAUGUACGUCCGCAACGGCGGCAAUCCCGUGACCAAUUCCGACUUGGGACGUGAAGCGCAUUGGUUCGACGGCGACGGCAUGCUCGCUGGAGUCUGGUUCAGUCGCUCUGUCGCCGACCCUACCAAGCCCGCUGUCAAGUUCGUCAACCAAUUCAUCACCACCGACGUGUACCGCACCGCCGUUGAGAAUCCGACUCUACGCACGCCUAUCCUACCUAGCAUCGCGACCCUUGUCAACCCUGCUUCCAGCUUGUUGCUUAUCCUCUGGCGCAUCCUACGUACUGUACUGGUCGUAUUCUGGACCCAUCUCUCAGGCUCUGCACGCGCUAUCAAGCGCAUCAGCGUCGCCAACACCAGCAUACUAUACCACGAUGGACGUGCGUUGGCGACAUGUGAGAGCGGGCCGCCAAUGCGCAUUGCGUUGCCAAGCCUGGAAACCGUCGGCUGGUUCGACGGUAACCGUGCCGAAGGCGAGGCUACACCCGGCGACAAGGACAAGAACGACGAGAAACAGCCUGAAGCUCUUGGUGGAACUGGUGUACUGAGCUGGAUGAAAGAGUGGACAACGGGUCAUCCCAAGGUCGACAAGGUCACGAACGAGAUGGUUCUGUUCCAUUGCAACUUCGUCGCGCCCUACGUUCACUAUUCCCUACUUCCAUCAGAAGGCUCUGUUGCAAAGAGAUCAGGUUCAGAGGGAAGCAGAUUAAUCAACGCGCCAGUGCCCGGGUGCUCUGGCGGGAAGCUUAUGCACGAUUUCGGUGUGUCACGACACAAUACCGUCAUACUGGACCUGCCGCUCUCCCUUACCCCAUUAAACUUGGCGAUGAACAAGCCCAUUGUCUUUUACCAACCUGAGAAACCAGCCAGGUUCGGUGUCUUUCCCCGGCGACACCCGGAAUUAGUACGUUGGUUCGAGACAAGCGGCUGCUGUAUUCUUCACACGGCCAACACUUGGGAUGAGUACAACAGCACCGGCGAUAUAUCAGCCGUUAACAUGCUAGCUUGUCGGUUGACUACCGCAUCUCUUGUGUUCAGUGCCGGGAACAUUGAACCUCCUCCAAACCCGAGCAAGAAGCAAGCGAGCAGGCCCAUGUCUUUCUUCGCCAAAUACGAUGACGAAGAGCAUGUACAAGAUCCCGAGAAGUCUCAUUCAGAUGAAACGUCGCCUUUGCUGGGAGUCCACAACGAACCAGAGUCAUCAAAGGCGCCCCACAACGUUCCCAUCUCACAUGACGACGAGGAACAAUGUCGGCUGUAUUACUACCGGUUCUCACUCGCGCUCGGCUCAUCGAACACUAUCACUCAUGAGUUCGCCUUGGCAGCGAUCCCUUUCGAAUUCCCCACCAUCUCGCCCUUCACCGAAAUGUCACGCGCACGGUACAUUUACGGAUGUAGCACGUCCGACGAAUCGUUUGGCGCGGCAUUAGGCAAGGCGACAAAGAUCGACAUACUCGUAAGAGUUGAUGUACAGACGCUGCUCAAUCGUGCCCAGAAAUCACCCCCACAGGCCGUGGACGGCUGCAUCGACACCCGCACAAUAGACGAGAUACUUGCUUCAGACGACCGCGAUGAUCCUAUCAAAGCAUUCCACCUUCCACCAAAUCACUUUGGACAGGAAGCGAGAUUUGUACCUCGUUCAGCGAACAGUGCAAGUGGUGAUGAAGCGGGAUUCGUCGAAGAAGACGGGUACCUGCUGUUCUAUGUCUUCAACGAGGACCAGUUGGAUGAAGACGGGGAAUGCAAGCCAGAUGCAGAGAGCGAGUUAUGGGUAUUGGAUGCACGGGACAUGCAGACUGUCGUUUGCAAGAUCCAACUCGGCGCUAGAAUACCCUACGGCUUGCACGGGAACUGGUUUACAGAAGAGGACAUUGCUCAACAGCGAGAAAUCGCAACUGUGCGAUCCGUGUCAGAAACACAGUCUGAGGCAGGAUCGAGCAAUUUGCGAAAAGCUCUAGUUAGUUGUCUGGGCUAG